AUGACCUUCUUUGAAACCGACGCCUACCUGAUUCUCGCCGACAUUUGGUGCUCAAAUUUCUCAAACUACUGGGCACUUUUCUUGAUGAUUUCCUUCAUCGCUACCAUCAUUCUCUACAAAGCAGCUCAUCGUGAUGAGCAGGAAAUUGUCAUCAAUGUGAAAAACCGUCACGAAUUGGAAAAUGCGCAAUUGGGAUACAUCGACGUCAUGGAAAAUGGGCAGAUUCACCGUUUUGCCAUCAUUCCGAGCAAGGAUGGUCUUCCACUUUACAUUCGCUUCUUUUUGGACACAGUUACCGAGCCCCUCUGAACUAAUAAUUGAUUGAUUCUGUGUGUUCAAGUUUGAUUUUAAAACCUUCAUUGUACAAGUAUUUGACAUUCAGUUUUUAUCACAACUUCAGCUCCCAGGACGUUAUUCAAUUUCCCUAUUUGUUCCCCAAUUCCGCUUAACUUUGCAUUUAUAUCAAUAAACUCCACUAUAUCA